AUGGUGGCUUUGAUCAACAACCAUAGCUUUGGCCUCAAGCUCUGGAGAGUGCUCGGCGUUGUCCUCAUGCUCACGCAGAGCGGAUGCGACGUCAAGGAUAACCGCAUAAAAAAACGACGCCUGCGCGCGCGGCGCGAAUGCGUCGCGCACCAAUUCAUUGCCGAGGCCGACGGAUUCCGGUGCGAAGCGCUGACGAAACGCGGCGCGGUGCGCUUCCGGCCGUGGCGGCGGACGUUUCGACCCGAUCGCCCCCACAACUCGUGCGGCAAACUCCCCGACGUGAUUUGGUGGUUUCUCGCGCUCGACAUCCUUGUACACUUGGUCACGUAUCGACGGAGGAACGGCAAGCGCGAAUCGCUAGCUCACGAGUACCUGCACAGCUGGUGGUUCGUGAUCGACGCGCUCUUUAUCUUUCCGGCUCUAGCUAAGCGGUUCAUGAGCACCAUCGCGCCGACGCUCAAGCGCCUCACAGGUCUGGAUCACCUCUACCAGUUCCUCUGGAAGCAUUUGAUAAGAAAUGGGGCCGUGCGCGAUAAGGUCGUACGCACUGCGCGGUGGGCGCUGCGUCACCGAAGACAUAUCCGUUUCGUGUUGCGCGAGGUCUUGCUAGCCAUGGACGCGGUUUACUAUCUGGAACGACUCGUGGAGAUCGCCGAGCAGUCCUACGAGGUGGUUCGCCGCCGUACAAUACUCGACCGCAGCGAGGCGGCGACCAUCAAACGAAGGGUACGAGCAAAGUUGCGGGUCGCGAAGAUGAUGACGAAGCUGAGUCUGCCAGACCACGCGGCGCCAGCCGUCGUCACGCCCUCCACGCCGUCCGCGGCGCCGUCCGCAGCGAAGGGUGUAUUCGCGCGGGCCGUGACGGUCGACGAGCAGUCGGACUAA